GCGCGCCCGUUUCGAGCCGGAGUUUCAAGCUCGGCUUUCCAGGCUCUGAGUGGGUCCUCGGGCAGUGGCAAUGGGGGCAGGAAUGGCGCAGCUAGAGGGUUACUAUUUCUCAGCUGCCUUGAGCUGUACCUUUUUAGUGUCAUGCCUACUCUUCUCUGCCUUCAGCCGGGCGCUGCGAGAGCCCUACAUGGACGAGAUCUUCCACUUGCCGCAGGCGCAGCGCUACUGUGAGGGCCAUUUCUCCCUCUCGCAGUGGGAUCCCAUGAUUACUACAUUACCUGGCUUAUACCUGGUGUCUGUUGGAGUGGUCAAACCUGCCAGUUGGAUUUUUGGAUGGUCUGAACAUAUUGUCUGCUCCAUUGGAAUGCUCAGAUUUGUUAAUCUUCUCUUCAGUGUUGGCAACUUCUAUUUACUAUAUUUGCUUUUCCGAAAGCUACAACCCAGAAACAAGGCUGCCUCAAGUAUCCAGAGAAUCUUAUCAACGUUAACACUAGCAGUGUUUCCAAUACUGUAUUUUUUUAACUUCCUUUAUUAUACAGAAGCAGGAUCCAUGUUUUUUACUCUUUUUGCCUAUUUGAUGUGUCUUUAUGGAAAUCAUAAAACUUCCGCCUUGCUUGGGUUUUGUGGCUUCAUGUUUCGUCAAACAAAUAUCAUCUGGGCUGUCUUCUGCGCAGGACAUGUCAUUGCACAGAAAUUAACUGAAGCCUGGAAAACUGAGCUGCAAAAGAAGAAGGAAGAGCGGCUUCCCCCUAUCAAAGGACCAUUUUCAGAAUUCAGGAAAAUUCUUCAGUUUCUUUUGGUGUAUUCCAUGUCCUUUAAGAACUUGAGUAUGCUUUUCCUUCUAACUUGGCCCUAUAUCCUUCUGGGGUUUGCAUUUUGUGCUUUUGUAGCAGUUAAUGGUGGAAUUGUUAUUGGUGAUCGGAGUAGUCAUGAAGCCUGUUUUCAUUUUCCUCAACUGUUCUAUUUUUUCUCUUUUACCCUCUUUUUUUCUUUUCCUCAUCUACUAUCUCCUACUAAAAUUAAGGCUUUUCUUUACUUAGUUUGGAAACGUAGAAUUCAGUUUUGUUUGAUUACCUUAGCCUCCAUAUUUUUAGUUUGGAAAUUCACUUAUGUUCAUAAAUACUUGCUAGCAGACAAUAGACAUUAUACUUUCUAUGUGUGGAAAAGAGUUUUUCAAAGAUAUGAAAUUAUGAAAUAUUUGUUAGUUCCAGUCUAUGUAUUUGCUGGUUGGAGUAUAGCUGACUCAUUGAAAUCAAAAUCAGUUUUCUGGAAUUUAAUGUUUUUCAUAUGCUUGUUCACUUCUACAGUUCCUCAAAAACUGCUAGAAUUUCGUUACUUUAUUUUACCGUAUGUUAUUUAUAGGCUUAACAUACCUCUACCACCCACAUCCAGACUUGUUUGUGAACUGGGUUGCUAUGUAAUUGUUAAUUUCCUAACUUUUUAUAUUUUUCUGAGUAAGACUUUUCAGUGGCCAAAUAGUCAGGACAUUCAAAGGUUUAUGUGGUAAAAUCAGAGAUAUUUUGACCUUUAAAAGUAGAUGUAAUAUAUAGACUGUCUCCACAAUGAAUAAUUGAUAUGUGGGAAUUAUAGAAUUUGUUUUAGGCAUAAUGGUAAUUCUCAGAUCACAUCAGUUUUUUUCUUAUUACAUACUUUUUUUUUAUUACAUAUAUACAUUGUAUGCAACAAAUAUAAGGAAGUUAAGUAUAAACAACUGAAAAGCUUAAGACCUGCUUCAGAAGCCAAUAAUGGAAAGAUAAAAUUGUUUACAAUUAUCUCUUUGAUACUGCCAGCACUCAAAAGCUUGGAAACUUUUUGUACAUACAAGCUUAAGAAAAUUGGGUAUGCUUCACAGCAGUGGAACUAAUUUAUAAUUCUUUUCAGAAAUUAUUUGAAAAAUAUUUACAAAUGAUCAGUCAAUAUUCCUGAUUGAAAAGUUGUUUACUCUUUCAAUAAUUAUAAUUUUAAUCAUAAAUUAGAAUAGAUUUAUGGAUAGCAAUUUAAAAGAGAAGGUCAUGGUAAUCCAGGAUUCAGUGUAUUAUUUUUUAUUUAAAAUCUAGAAAUUAUGAAGCUUUUUCACUAAUUCCUAAUAUGAAAUGUAUAAAGGCCAAAGAUAAAUUGUGUUGAUUAUAAUACCUUUUAAAGAGACUUUUUUUCUGAAAUACAUUGUUGUAUUAGUUUCCUAGGACUACUGUAACAAAUGACUACAAACUUAGUGGUUUACUUUUUUUCCCCACAUUUAGAAAGACCUGUAUCUGAACUCAAAAUGUCAGCAGGGUCAGUUCCUUCUGGAGGUGCUGAGGAAUUAUCCAUUCCAUGCCUCUCUCCUGACAAGAAGAUAAUAUCUCACAAGAUUUUUAGGAGAUGAUAUAUGUGCUUAGAUCUUAUAAAUAAAAUUUUGUCCUGAGAGGUUAAAAAAAAAGUGACUUCUGAGAUAUAAAUGUAAAUCAAAUUGUUAUUUGAUUCCCUUAUCUCCCCCCCCCCAAAAAAAUAGAACU